AUCACUCGAAGUUAUUAAUUAAGGAAUAUGACUAAUAUUUUCUAAAACAGUCAUGGACUUUUUCCUGCGCUCUGAGAGUGAAGACGAGGCCAAACCUUUUGUGACCUCUGUGCCGAUAAAAGGAGAACCAGAGUGUGAGACCGAGGAUCAUACCGUACCAAUAGCUUGUCGUCCAGACCUGUACGAUGUCCAUGUCAAGGUUGAACCUUUAGAGAGCUUAGACAUAGAAGUGGCAUGUCUAACAGAGGGAACUAUCAAGAAAGAAUCAAUAAUAGUUGAUGCAGAAUUUGAAGCUACUGGAGAGAGUCAUAUUGUGAAUAGUCAUGGUAGCCAGAUAGAAGUAUGUAUUACCAAGGAAUCUUGCUCAAGUCCGACUUUGGAUGAAGUUGUUGUUAACAAAGACUUUCUUAAAUGCAGAAUCUGCCAGAAAGUAUUUGACAGUAAUUCAAGUCUUACAAUUCACAUGCUUACUCACAAUAAAGACAAACCUAGCUUAAAGAAAAAAAGAAAUCAAAAUAAAGGAAUAAUUACUUGUAAAAUUUGCCACAUGCAGUAUACAAGCUCUCAUACUUAUUGUAAACACAGGCCAACACAUGUUUUUGAGAAGCCAUUUAAAUGUGAAUUCUGUGAAAAGGCAUUUAACUCGAAAUAUUUACUAACAAAUCAUGAGCGAACCCAUACUGGAGAAAAACCUUUUUUGUGUGAUCUUUGUGAUAAGAGGUUUACAGAAAAAGUAAAUCUUAAUAGACACAAAAGAAGUCACUCAGGAGCGAAGCCAUACCGCUGUAAUGUGUGCUCAAAUAGUUUCACUUGUAAACAGAAUUUAGAGGCACAUAUGAUAUGGUCACAUACAGAUGAAAAACAGUGGGGAUUUGAAUGCCAAUUUUGUAAUAAGCGGUGGCCUAAUAAGAAUGAAUUGAGGAGACACCUAAGAACCCACACCGGGGAAAGACCUUAUUCAUGUGAUAUUUGUAAAAAAAGUUUUAAACGCAAGUAUUAUUUAGUCUACCAUAUACGAGCCCACAAUAAUGAGAGACCUUUUGCAUGCGAAAUUUGUAAUAAAAGGUUUGUGAAUAAACAUGAUUGCAAGAAGCAUUUAAAAAUUCACAUGACCAAAAAGAAAUAAUUGAUUUUAGGUUUUAUUAUGCAAUCAAGGCUACCCAUAUUUUUGGUAGAUUGAAAUAGAU